AUUACCUUUCUUCUUCCUCUUCCCCUUCCUCACUGCAACUACUGCUGCCGAAGCUGAGCGUUGUGGCAUCAACCAUUAUCGCCACCGGACCUUAGCUUUUUGAUGGCGGCGGAUGGUGAAUCUUCAUCGUCUUCCUUCGGAUUGAUGGAGAGGAGAGGAAUUCCGGCGGCGGUAUUCGUGGAAGACGUUCGGGCGUAUCUGGCAGAUUCCGGCCUUGAGGUCAACUCCGCUCUAGCCUUCCUCCAAGAAAGACUUCAGCAAUACAGAGUGGUUGAAAUGAAACUUCUGGCUCAGCAGAGAGAUCUUCAGGCAAAGAUUCCCGACAUUGAGAAAUGCUUAGAUAUUGUUUCCGCUUUGCAAGCUAAGAAAGCUGCCAGAGAGGCUCUAAUUGCAGAUUUUGAAGUGUCAGAGGGCAUUUAUUCUCGUGCUCGCAUUGAAGAUACAGAUUCUGUAUGUUUGUGGUUAGGAGCAAAUGUCAUGCUGGAGUAUUCUUUUGAUGAGGCUACUUCUCUUCUUCAGAAGAACUUGGAGAAUGCAAAAGCUAGCUUGGAGGUUCUUGUAGGGGACCUCCAAUUUUUGAGGGACCAAGUGACAAUUUCUCAGGUCAUGACUGCUCGGAUAUACAACUGGGAUGUACACCAACGUAGACUCAGACAAGCUUCUGUGCCCCAAGAGUCAUGAGUGGAGAUGUAAUGCUAUUGGUGUGAUGAAAACAAAUGUCGGUACUCACUUUUUUCUCACUUAGCAAUUUGUUCCCGGUUCACUUGAUUUUCCCAAUUCCCAUCGUGCAAUCUUAAUUUCUACUUGAAAUUCGACCGUGUAAAAUAUGGUUUUUUUUUGUUGGUGAAAGAAUUAGGAAAUAGUUGCUGCUAGUUAUAUCUCAUUUAAUGUGAUUGGCAAGUAUCUGUUCUUUGGAGAGGCUGGGAUGGGGGCUGUCUUUGUAAAAACCUUUGAAUUGACAUUGUUGUUUGUAAGGAGCUAGGUUCUUUUCACACACAUCAUGGGUGUGUCAUAAUAUGACACCAGAUAUUUGACUUU